CGGUUGACCUCACUACUAUGGCGGCGUAACUUUACCAGAAGGUAUUUCCGGUGAGGCCUUUAUGCAUUAAAAUUGAGUUUUAAUUCAUGUGAGCAUCGCAGCUCAUGACAAGCUACUUUCCAUGACUCAGUCGCUUGACCCACAGAAGUGAAAAGAUUACUAGUUUUCAUUCGUGUGAGUAGUUUUCAGUUAUUAUUCUCAUCUGUAGAGGUGAGCGCGCAUCAGCUGCUCGACCAAAACAACACGAUCUCGUGUGACUGAUUCCUGAAGAUUCACUCGAUUUACAUUGAUCAACAUUGCUGACUUUUUAUAAAUUCAAACAGUCAUUUGAUCUGUGCUGAAGAAGACUCGUGUAACAUACACUGGCCGCAUGAAGCUCUGUAGAGAAGUUAUCUUUUAAAUUCCUGGAAAACAUCGGACAUGGACUUCCUGUUAUUGCUAUAAGUGUGUGCGUGUGUGUUGACAUCGUGACUGCGUGACAUGGAAGAAGAUCUGGUACCACACAUGGAGGAUGAGGAUGAUGAAGAUGAAGAUGAGUUUGAGUGGGCUGCAGGUCAGGAGGAGGACGGAGAGCUGGACUGGCUGCAGGACGUGUUUGUGUCCAGACAGAGUCCAGCCGAGCGCAGCGGACACAUCGCAGUCACUGACGGCAGCUGUAUGUUCGUAUGGGGAGGAUAUAAGAAUGCGGACACUGAAGCUGCUGAAUUCACUGACUUGUAUUUGCCGAAGAACGAAAUCUGGAUCUACAACAUGGAGACGGGAAGAUGGAGAAUGAAGCGCUCGGAGGGUGACGUGCCAAACUCGAUGUCGGGCAGCUGCGGCUCGUGUGUGGACGGUGUUCUCUAUCUGUUCGGCGGUCAUCAGGCUCGAGGAAACACUAAUCUGGUUUACCGUCUGCCGCUGAGAGCGUCUGUGCUCCGCUGGGAGAAGAUGAGCGAUCUGACCGGCCUGGCGCCGACCUGUAAAGACAAGCUGGGCUGCUGGGUCUACAGAAACCAGCUGGCGUAUUUCGGUGGCUACGGCUACAUAGCGCAGCCCGGUCACAGAGGAACGUUUGCACUCGAUGAAAAUUCAUUCAUGGGGAACCACGCGGGACGAGGCUGGAACAACCACAUACACAUUCUUGAUCUCGAGACGUCAGCGUGGAGCCAACCCAUCACAAAGGGAGACGCUCCGUCACCACGAGCCGCUCACGCCUGCGCCAGCAUCGGAAACAGAGGUUACGUCUUUGGAGGCCGAUACAUGGAUCAUCGGCUGAACGAUCUGUACUGCAUCAACAUGGACACGUGGGAAUGGAGUGAGAUGUGUGUUCCUCAGCACGGUCCGCUCGGCCGCUCGUGGCACUCCUUCACUCCGGUGUCAGCGGAUCACAUCUUUCUGUUUGGAGGCUUCACCACCGACAGAGAAACACUGAGCGAUGCCUGGCUUUACUGCGUCAGUAAGAACGAGUGGAAACCGUUUAAACACGAGCACACAGAGCGGCCCAGACUGUGGCACACGGCGUGUCUAGGUCCCGAUGGGGAAGUGUUCGUGUUUGGAGGAUGUGCCAAUAAUCUUCUCUCACAUCAACAGGCCGCUCACAGCAACGAAUUACUGCUUUUCACUGUUCAGCCCAAAUCACUGGUCAGGUUGUGUUUCGACGCUGCGGUCCUGCAUCAGAAGCGUCUGGAGCACAUGUGGGACGUCCUGCCCAGCGCCCUGCUGCAUCGCCUCAAACAGAGAACCACGGCAGACUCCUAGAAGACAAUCACAUCCCGACCGGGACAAGAGGAGCUGCGCCGAAACAAACCUGAGACUUUUAUGAAGGUUUAGCGUCUCAUCUCACACGGAUUGGGAAAGUCAGUGUCAUUUAAGAGUGUAGCAGAAAAACAUUUAUUCCACUGGACGACAGAUAUGAUGCCUGAUUUGAUUUCAGCAGUUUUAUCUACAUUUAUUAAUAUCACAUCUGCAUUAAAAACGUCAAACACUG